AUGGCCUCCUCCGCCCAGCCUGCGGCCCAUGACCCGCUUUCGAAGCGACGUCGUUUCCAACCCCCGAUCACAAGCUUCUUUGCUUCUGCAGGGUCCAAUGCAUCGGACGACAAUGACCACCAGGUCGGUGGUCUGUCUUACAAUAACUACUCCUCGCCUACCCAUUCCCCGACUCCUGCUCUCCCGGCCAAAGUCCAGUCCUCCCUCCUGACGGUCGGCAUGCGGAUCCGGAAGUCUGUUCCGGAAGGCUACAAGACCGAGCCGAAGAAAUUGACUGAAUACACCGUGUCGCAUACUGUCAACCCGUCUGGCGGCAGUCCAGCUGGGGGAUACACUCAGACUCGCAGCUGCUACGCCGAACUGGAACCCUUCUGUGGCAUGCACAAGAUCGGCAACUUAGCGGUCCAGACAUUCCCUCGUCCUGCAGAAGGAUAUCAAGACAGAAGCACGCAUAUGUCAGCUGAUAACGAUGAUAUGUCUUCACUGCCAUCAAAAAGUCAAGAAUCCAACGCGUCGUCGGCCUUUUCCUCCAACUCUCAUAAACGCUCCUACGACUCUGAUCUAGAGGAUGUGGACGAGAAUGGAGAUGAUGGAUUGAUCCAUUCGUCAGCCUCCUUUCGAGGAUCUAUUACAGCAGGAGGAAUCUGGCAAGAUCCGCUUCGUUUGAAUCCUGUCACCGAAACCUUGACAGCUGCACCUUCGAGGUCACAGCGGGCCAUACUGUCGCCCAAACUCAGACAGCAGCGACGACAGAUCUCCUCCUUCCAGAGCCUUGGGAAGAGGUCCCCUGAACAAGAGAACAAGGACCCUUCUUCAGUCAAGAACGACGUGAACAUGGACGAUUUCGAGGAAGCUGCCUUCCUGCGACGACGAGAGGAGGUCGACGCCGAUUAUACGUGGGACGGCGGGGUUGAGGUGGAGAUGGGAGGCUAA